CCUUCAACCACUUCACCACUUCACUCGUGUGCUGUCGCGUCCAACCUGCCUUCUUGUACAAUACCUUACUUGCUCUUACCACUUUUAUCUAUUUUACCUAAUCUCUUCGACUGUACAUCAUGGGUUGGUUCUGGGCCGAUGCUCCUGCGACAACCGUCCACGCGACAUUCGCCUCAUCGCAUCCUCAUGGCGCCAUCCCGUCCGGCUCUCCUCCUCCCAGCUGCCCGAUGCACCAAAAGUCCGCCGAUGCAUUAACCACGACCGCGAAGCCCGCCGCACCCGCUCCUCCCUCAGCCUGCCCAGUCCCUCACGACCAGCGUCACGCCGCAGCAGCAGCGCCCCCUCCUCCCUCAGCAUGUCCCGUCCCCCACGACCAAAGACACUCUUCCGCCGCCGCACCGCCAGCAUCAUGCCCAGUCCCACACGACGCACCAAAGCCCGCCGAACCCAAGGGCUUCCUCCAGCAAAUAAACCCCCUAAACUACAUGUUCAAGGACCUCUCUCAGGAGGCCGCCGAGAACCAGGCCGUCGCGCUGCCGACGGAGAGAGAGCCCUCGACGAUACCCAGGGGCUCUGGCGAUGGGAACUGGGAGUACCCUUCGCCGCAGCAGAUGUACAAUGCCCUUCUGCGCAAGGGAUACACCGAUACCGACAUCACUGCCGUGGAGUCCAUGGUCUCGGUCCACAAUUUUUUGAACGAGGGCGCUUGGGCUGAGAUUGUCAGCUGGGAGGAGCGCUUUGGCAAGGGCCUGUACAGGGGCUGGCAGUCGUGCAAGCGCGGCGAGGAGAACUCGGAGGAUAUGGUUGAGAGGUUGAAGGACGGAAGCGAGACGCCCCCGACGCUCAUCCGGUUCCAGGGACGGCCGAAGGAUAUGACGCCCAAGGCUGUCAUGUGGCAGGUUGCCGGCUGGCUCUACCCAUCCAAGUUUGAAACCGAGCCUCCCUUUGACCGACACGACUGGUUCGUCUCUCGCAAGGUCGGCGGCGUCGAAAAGGAAAUCCGAUACGUCAUCGACUACUACUCUGGCGAGCCCGAGCCCACCGGCGAACCCGUCUUCUACCUCGACGUGCGACCCGCCGUCACGCCUCUCGGCGCGGCGGAGCGGCUUAUCAGAUGGGGAGGCGACGUGUGGUGGCGGGCCUCUGGCGCCGAGGUGCGCGAGCAGGAUCAGCUUGCGAAGCACGUGGGGCAAAAGUAAAGAAACACAAGGGGCGACGAAGAAGCGAAGAACAAACGACGGCGAAAACGAAAUAAAGUACCGAGAUGAGAAGCAGGCAGGCUUCUGUUUUUGCUUGCGGCGUGCAUAACUUGGGAGGCCCGAUAUGGUUGUUUUGGACGGGUUUCCCACUCGACGGCGGCGUUUGACACGAUAACAACGGUUCGAUUAUUUGGGAUUGAAUGAAGAAGAACACUCAUUCUUCUUCUUUUCCUUUAUUUCCCCCACUCCUCAUUGUUUUUAAUACUAUGCCUA